AUGGUUGGGCAGGUAUGGGCCAAUAUAGCGCUAUCGCUGGUGCUGCUGCUGGCUACGUUUCUGUGCGGGUUGAUUCCGUUGUGCUGGAUGGGCGCGCGAGACGGGACCUCUUUGGACAAGUUGGCGCAAUUUGGUGUUGGGAUGCUUCUGGGGACUUCCUUCAUGCUUGUAGUCCCUGAAGGUAUACGAGAGUGUCAAGAGCACGGUGGGAACGUUGGAUUGGACUUGCUUGUUGGAUUCUUGGUCGUUUAUCUGCUGGACAGAAUUGUGCAACUGGUGCUGAGCCAGAAGGGGAGGCUAAGCAACGCAGCAAGGAUGCCCGUGCAGCCACCGGAAAGCCUUCGGGACGUGCUAAGGAACCCGAAACAGGUGUGGGUAAACAUCUUAUCGAACAACGUCGUGUUUGCCCUCUUUGUUCACGGCCUAUCCGAUGGGAUCGCUCUGGGGACCACUGUGAACAACCCAUCGCUGCUUGUAGUUGUACUCGUGGCAAUAAUCAUCCACAAAGUCCCCGCCGUUCUUUCACUGACGAGUGUGAUGGUGUGCAAGCAGAACCUCCCCAAGUGGGAGGUAAUCCCGAAUCUGAUGGCGUUUUCCCUGUCGACACCGAUCGGGUAUUUGAUCCUGUCCACUCUCAACUUGAACGAGUCCCAGACAAUGACUUGGAUGAGUGGAAAUUUGUUGUUAAUGAGUGGUGGGUCGUUGCUGUAUGCGGCAUUCACUGCGUUUGUCUCGGGCACUGGAUCGCACGACCAUGCCAGUUUCGAUGACGUCGGCGUCGACGAAUUCGAGGCAAUGGCGUAUUUUGAUACAAGAGACUGCAAUGCCGUGGAGGACAGUUCGGAGCCGGAACUACCGGGACAUGACAUGGCAGCUGCGAAGAGCAGCCUCGACAAGAGCGUGUAUGUGCUUUUGGGCGUUAUCCUACCGACGAUAAUUUCGUUCGUGAUUAAGGAAUGA